GCUGCAUCCGUUUCCAAUCAAUAGUUGCCUCCUCACACAUAACCCUUUAACCUGUUGCUAAUGCUGGUUUUAGGGUUUUUAGUUUCUCGAUCUCCGUUUCAGUUUGUCUCCCUUAAAGGUGUUUCUGAUAAAGGAGGGUGCUGGUGUUUUCAGGUGGCGGUCUUCGACCAUCAAGCGUAACGCGUAAUCGAUUUUAUCUUGCCGGAAGAUGGCAUUUAGUGUAAUUUCUUUUUCCUACUGGAGACCGUGAAGCAGGGAUCUUGGUGAACGUAAGGGUAAUUUGUACUAUCAUCUCCAGAAAUGAUAAUGAAAUAUAUAGUUAGGGAAUGGAGCUAGAUCAAUCAGAAUAGCACUGGUUGGAAUCGGUCAUGAGUAUGUUGUGGGGACAUGCUACAGCCAAGGGAAGCUGACUUAACUGCUCUUUUAACUUUUCUGGUUGUGAUUCCUCUUUUUAUAUACAUUCUACUUGGGAGAUGCAGCGAGGCUUCAAAGAAAAAGGCUAGGAUAAGUGUACUUGCUCAGCUUGCUGCUGAAGAGGCUAUCCAUGUAGAGGCAAUGACUACUGUUGAUGUUCUUCCUGUUUUGCCUUCUUCAAAAAUUGCCUUCCAUGAAUGUGCUAGAUGCUUUGCCCCUGCUACAACACGCUGCUCCAGAUGCAAGUUGGUUAGAUAUUGUUCUGGGAAGUGUCAAAUAGUUCACUGGAGGCAAGGGCACAAACAUGAAUGUCUACAAUGGCUUGAUAACUCCUUGAAUGUUUCUGCUGGCUUACUUCUUAAAGAUGCACUUCAGCAAGGGCCUUUCUUAAAUAACCUUAAAUCUUCUUAUCUUUGCAAUGGUGUUCAAGGAGCAGAGUCCCUACGUUACAGUUUCCAUAAUGACAUCUAUGAUCCUUUCCUGAUGGCCACUGAUGCAUCUCAAGACUCAGAUACUGGAAGGAAGAUAUCGGAUAAGUUCAAAAUGAUUCAGUCAAACGGUGGUGAUGAUGAUUCUCAUGCAUUUGACCGAGACCAAAGCCAUGAUGCUUGUGGGAAAGCCAUGUUGUCUAACCAUUUCACUGAGAUGUCUUCAGAGGAUCUUCCUGCAGGCCAGAAGUUUACUGGGGGAACUGCUUCAUCCACUCAAGUUCAUGUGAACCAAGAGAUCAAUGGUUUAUCAAAUUCAAGAAAUAUGUCAAUCCAGCACAAUAACUUGGCAGGUGAUAUAAGAAAGGAAUUAAAACAUAACUCCUCCCCAAUUACAUCAUCUCAGUCGCAUGUUGAUAAACGUUUGAUAAAUGGAUUCCAAAAUGGGGAAAGUGUCUCUGAAGAGAAGCCUGGUGUUUCUUAUAAUGAAACAGUGAAUGCUAGUCAUACUACUGGACAUUAUUUUGCCAAAGAAAGCAUAAUGUACAGGAAACCUCCCUACACAUUGGGGCACACAACAUCCUCUUUGCAGAAGAUGUCAGAGAACAAUUCCAAACACUAUCACCAUGAAGGAGCAGAAAAAACCAGUGGCAAGGAAAAUGGAUUUAGAAUCAUGGAAAAGAAUGAUUCCUCAAAUAUCUGCUUUGAAGUCCAAGAUGGGAAUCCAAGCAUUCAAGGGUUGAUGGGAGGCUCAAAGAAAAGUGCAAAAGUUCUCAAACGAAAUCUUGUUGGAUUGAUAAAUGAUAAUAAGAAAAAUAAGCUUGGUCAACUCCUGUUUCCUUAUGAGGAUCUUGUCAAGCUUUUCCAAUGUGAAGAAAGUCACAUUUCUCCCAAGGGUCUUCUUAAUUGUGGCAAUAGUUGCUAUGCCAAUGCUGUUUUGCAAUGCCUAACUUCCACAAAACCUCUUAUGGUCUACCUACUUCGAAGAGGGCAUUCUCGAACCUGUUGCGUGAAAAAAUGGUGCCUCAUGUGUGAACUCGAGCAACAUGCUUCACUGUUGAGUGAAGAAGGUGGUCCUUUGUCUCCCAUCAAGAUCCUUUCAAACAUGACAAAUAUUGGGUGCCGCAUGGGUAGUGGAAACCAAGAAGAUGCACAUGAAUUCCUGAGGCUUCUUGUAAUGUCUAUGCAAUCUGUUUGCCUCGAAGGCUUGGGAGGUGAGAAGGAAGUUGAUCCAUGGCUGCAAGAGACAACACUAAUACAACAGAUAUUUGGUGGUCGUCUCAAAUCUAAGGUUAAAUGCCUGAGAUGCCACCUUGAGUCCGAAAGAUAUGAGAGCAUUAUGGAUCUAACACUGGAGAUACAUGGUUGGGUUGAGUCAUUGGAAGAUGCUCUCACUCAAUUCACUGCUCCUGAGGAUUUAGAUGGGGAGAACAUGUACAGAUGUGGAAGGUGCUUGUCAUACGUCAAAGCCAGGAAGCAGUUAAGUUUGCAUGAAGUGCCAAACAUACUAACUAUAGUCUUGAAGAGAUUCCAGACAGGGAAAUAUGGAAAAAUCAAUAAAUGUGUUACCUUUCCUGACAUGCUGGACAUGAUUCCUUUUGUGACUGGGACUGCUGACAAGCCACCACUUUACCUUUUAUAUGCGGUUGUUGUGCACUUGGACAACUCAAAUGCAUCAUUUGCAGGGCACUAUAUAUCCUAUAUCAAAGAUCUACAAGGAACAUGGUUCAGAAUUGAUGAUUCUCAGGUGGAAGCUGUAUCACCGGGUCAAGUAAUGUCUGAAGGCGCAUACAUGCUUUUCUACUCAAGAUCUUUUCCACGUCCGCCUCAUGCUUUUGCUGAGAAAAAGCUAUUAUGCCCCUUAAUUAGUACGGGAAGGAAUUUGGCUAAGAGUCAGAAAACUUCCAAAUAUGCUCCACCAAGAGUGAAUUCGAACUUACAUUCUUCAGCAAAUUCAGUACACCAACACCCAACAAAUGAUUUAGGAAGCAAUUACAGCGACAAUACCACCGAUCAAGCUGCUGAACACCUUUCAAGGCCCUUUAGCAGAAACUUGGUGCCAGAUGGAGCAUAUCCCGACGCAACGAGUAUUGAACUUUCUGAUGCGACAUCUAGUGAUUGGUCGCUCUUCACAAGCUCUGAUGAUUCAUCUUUUACCACCGAAAGUACCAGAGAUUCAUUCAGCACUGUGGAUCAUGGAGACAAUACUACCCUUGAUACCAUCUCAUCUAUAUUUAGCCCUUUCUAUGUUCCAGAGUAUGCCAGCAGCAACACCAUCUCCUGCACAAAGUUCUCAGGGAGUCAGUCACAAACUAGAUUCUUCUCGGAGAGCAGUAGCGUUGAUAACCAUCCAUUUCUGAUGCGACCAAUUAGCAGUGUAAAUAAAGGAAGGACGAUGGAACAUGCCCGUGCUUCAACAGAACCUGUAAUUUCACGGGGCCAUCAACGCAGUAUGUAUGGUGAGUGGGAGUAAUCCUGAAGAUGGCAUGGCCUUGUUCUUGUGGGUUUUGGGAUAUGUAGUCUAGAUUCUGUUAGGCCUACUUAUUAAGGUUACUCUCGAGCUGAAUUGAGUUGCGUCUCAUGGCCUUUUUUUUUUGAUUGAAUGAGGCGUGCUUAGUUAAAAGCAAGGCAUCUAUGAGGCCGGAGAACAGGUGCUAGUGGAUAACUCAAGCAAUCUAUUGAAGAUUCUUGAUUUCUUGCUGAAUGCAUUUGUUAAAAUAGCUUAAGCUA